AUGAAAUCCCUCAGCCCGAUCCUCUUCCUCGUCUUCCUCCUCGCCCCGCUGGGUUCCAAGGCUGACCCUUCGGCCUCGCCGCUUACAGGCUCCGACUUCCCUGAGAUGGGCCACCCUUCUCAGACCUCCCCUCCUGCUUCUGAGAAUUCCACUGGAGACCUGCCUAACCCAGACUCCCCUGCGACUGCUUAUCCCGAGCCCUCCAAAUCACCUCAUGCAGUUUCCCCUGAGCCCUCCCGCCUUGACUUCACUGAGACUACCAACCAUGACCUCCGAGAAACCACACACCCAGAGUCUCCUGAGAGCCCUAAAUCUACCUCACUCAACCCCUCAAUAGCAGACUCCCUGAAGACCCCAAAAAUUAACCUCUCCAAAAUGACAGAACCUUCUGAGACCCCCAAACCUGACCCGACUGAUAUCCCACACCCAGAAUCCCCUGAGACCCUCAAACUUAAUCCCUCCAAAACCUCACACCCAGAAUUUCCUGAGACCCCAAGCCCUGACCCUACCCAAACUCCACACCAAGAAUCCUCAGAAAGUCCCAAACUUAACUCCACCGAAAUCUCACAUGCAGAAGUCCCUGAGACCCCACAUCCUGACCCCACCAAGACUCUUCACCCCAAAUCUCCAGAAACCUAUAGCCCUGACAUCACCGAAACCCCAAACUCUGAAUUCCUUCAGACCCUCCAUCCGGACUCUACUGAAACCCCCCACCGGCAUUCCCAUGUAACUCACAAUCCCAGCCCCACUGAAAUUUCCCACACAGAAUCCCCCACAACCCAGUACCAAAAUGCAACAGAGAACCCCAUGACCUCUGACCCUGAGAUCUCCACCAGUCCUCACCCAGAAACGACUGCACCUUUCAAGGACAAAGCUACUGCCCUAAAUGAGCUGCCCCUGAGUCCCAAACCAGAAACCCCUGCAGUGACCCAGCCUGACUCCCUUAAAUUGCCCACGUCAGUUUCUCCUGGGACAGUUGAACUGAAGGCCUCCCAGAACUCUAGCCUUAAAGGACCUGAUGCCCUUCUUCCCUCAGCCCGGAUUGCGGGCCCGCCUGCUCCUCUCGGUUCCCCCAGUCAGCCAGCCCCUGCCACUCCGCGGGCCCCGCAGCGGCGCAGCCGAGGUGAGAGAGUCAGCACUAUCAUCGUGGUGGAACGAGUGGAGGAGACCGGCGUGACCCUGGUGGGGCGCCCCCGGGGCGUGGCGGGCGGGGCCCUCUGCCUCUUCCUCGCGGGCACCGGACUGCUGAUCGGCAUUUUCCUGCUGCUCUGGUGUCUCUACCGCCGGGCGGCUCGGCACCGGCCCUUCGCACACCACCGGCUUCCAAACGACGGAGAUGAACCUGUUAUGCAUUUGGAAGCCCCGAAGGACCCCUACGACCUCUACUUUUAUGCCCCGGACGCCUGGGUCCCUUCACACAUCGCCACCAAACAGCCGCCGCCCACCCCCCCGCUGCCGCCCAAGCUACCCCCGCCUCCCCGCGGGAACCGCCCCCAGAGCCUGGAGUCGCUCUCCCCCGCCACGCUCCCCAACAACUUCGUGUGAGCCCCACUCGCGUCCUGCCAGACCCGCGCCAUCCCCAGACGGAGGAAGGACCCAGAGGUCCUGUCCUCCUGGUGUGCUUUACUGCAUAGUAAUCCUCUUGGGUAGGA